AUGGGCCCCUUCAACCAGAUCAAGCCUCCCGAGCCCAUCAACGGCGCGACGCACACCGACCUAGACUCGGACCCCGAAGCCGCGGCCGCCUCACCUACCCCAUCAACGCGCCUCAAGGCCGGCCCCGUCCCCGACUACACUACUAUUAGCCCAACAACCUACCACACAACCCCCCGCCUUAAUAAUACUCAAGCCGAACACAAUGCUAUCACGCCCACUAUCCUCGAGGCAACGCGUCUUCGCCGCGGCCUAGCCCAGCGCCAUCUCUCCAUGCUCGGUAUCGCCGGCUCCAUUGGAACGGGCCUAUUCCUCGGCCUCGGCGGCGCUGUGCAACGGGGCGGCCCGCUUGGUGCGCUGCUUGGCUACGCCGUCGUCGGCUUUGUCGUCUGCGCCGUCCAAUUCGCCCUUGGCGAGGUUGCCGCGCUGAUGCCCGUCACGGGCUCCUUCGUGCGCCACGCUGAGGCACUGGUCGACCCCGCGUGGGGAUUCGCGAUUGGUUGGAACUUGGUGUACGGGAAUCUGCUAAGCAUCCCGAGCGAGGCGACGGCGGUGGUCGUGUUGGUGCGGUUUUGGUGGGAGGAUGUGAGCGCGGCGUGGAUCAUUGUAGUGUUCAUGGUGUUGACGAUCGGGGUGGGGUUGGCGUUUGUGAGAGUGUUUGGGGAGGUUGAGUUUGUGUUUGCCAUGCUCAAGAUCUUGUUGGUGGUGUUCUUGAUCGUGCUAGGCUUGGUGAUCAAUCUUGGGGGUAUUCCUGGAACCGAGCGGAUCGGGUUCAGAUACUGGAGAGAUCCGGGGCCGUUUGUCGAGCACAUUGCCACCGGUGAGUGGGGAAAGUUCCUGGGAUUCUGGGCUGUCAUGACCGGCGCAGUGUUCUCGUUUGCGGGAGUUGAGUCGUUGGCUAUGGCGGCUGCCGAGACAGAGAACCCGCGCGAGGCGAUACCACGCGCCUGCAAACGCGUGUUUGCGCGCAUCAUCAUCUUUUAUAUGUUGGCAGUUCUCGUGGUGGGCAUGCUCGUCCCGAGCAACGACGAACGUCUGGACGGGUCCGGUAGCAGCGUGGCCCAAAGCCCGUUCGUCAUUGCCGCCUCGCAAGCGGGCAUCUCUGCUAUCCCGUCUGUUGUCAACGCCGUCGUAAUUACCUCGGCCUGGUCGGCAUCAAACCAAGCAUUACUCGCAGGCACUCGAGUGUUGUAUGGACUAGCGCUCAAAGGACAGGCGCCCAGCAUCUUUCUAAAAACGACACCGUGGGGUGCCCCCUACGUGUGUGUGCUGCUGUUUGCGGCCUUUAUGUUUCUCAGCUUCAUGAGCCUAUCCGAAGCCGCCAUUACCGUGUUCUGGUGGUUGGUCUCGUUAACAGCGGCGGGAGUACUGGUUUCAUGGUCUUCGAUCCUGCUCAAUCACAUCCGCUUGAUGCAGGCUCUGGAGAGACAAGGGAUCGACGCGAGGAGAUUACCGUGGCACAACUGGUGGACAAGAUAUUCCUCGCCGGCCGGACUAUUUAUGUGCAUCCUUAUUCUUCUAACAGGUGGCUUCACCGUCUUCACGACAGGCAACUGGGACCCUGCUCAGUUUGUCUCGUCAUACUUGGACAUCCCCAUCGUGCUCACAGCCUAUGCGUUUUGGAAAGUCUUUCGAAAAACUAAAGUUGUAUCCCUGGACGAGAUACCGCUGAUGGAUGCCCUUGCACGAGCAGAUGAGUACUACCCAGAGCAUAAUCUAGACCGGAAAAGGGGCUGGGUAAAGGCUAUAAGCUGGAUAUGGGAUUAA